AUGGACGAUGAUGAGGAGCCUCUCGAGUCCAAGACACAAGACGAGGACGAGAACGACACGGACACCGGGUUAGCACCGAAGGGCAGCGAUGACACACUGUACUGUGAGGCUGAGGUCAUCGGGACCGUCGAGAAAGAGAAACCCACCCAGGAGGAUUCAGAAACGGACUUGGAGAUCGAAGACACUGAGAAGUUCUUCACCACUGGACAGAAGGAGCUGUACCUGGAAGCCUGCAAACUGGUGGGGGUGGUGCCCGUCUCCUACUUCAUCCGGAACAUGGAGGAGUCCCACAUGAACCUCAACUACCACGGGCUGGGCCCCAUGGGCACCAAGGCUAUCGCGAUAGCGCUGGUGUCUAACACAACCAUCACCAAAAUGGAGCUGGAAGACAACUGCAUCAUGGACGAGGGCAUGUUGAGCCUGGUGGAGAUGCUGCAAGAGAACUACUACCUCCAGGAGCUGAAUGUUUCGAGAAAUGACAUUGGUCUGGAGGGGGCCAGAGUCAUCUCAGAGUUCCUCCAGAGAAACACGUCUUCACUCUGGAAACUCGAGCUGUCAGGAAAUAACUUCAAGGAGGAAGCCAUAGAACUCCUCUGCCAAGCCCUGACGAUCAAUUACCAAAUUAAGACCCUGGAUCUCAGUCACAACCAAAUCACUGAUACAGGAGGGGAACAACUGGGACAGAUGCUGAACAUCAAUGUGGGGAUCCGGGAGCUGGAUCUGAGCUGGAAUCAUUUCCACACGCGGGGAGCAGUGGCCUUGUGCAAUGGUCUCCGGAGUAACGUGACACUGAUUAAACUGGAUCUCGCCAUGAAUGGCUUUGGGAACGAAGGGGCUCUGGCCCUGGGGGAGGUCCUCAGACUCAACAACCACCUGGUCUACCUGGACGUCAGUGGCAAUGACAUCGGCAACGAGGGGGCCUCCAGACUCAGCAGGGGACUGGAGUUCAACGAGGGCCUCCAGGUCCUGAAGCUUUUCCUGAACCCUAUGAAUAUGGAUGGAGCCAUUCUGCUUGUCCAGGCCAUCAAAAGGAACCCCAAAUCCAAGAUGGAAGAACUUGACAUUUCCAAUGUGCUGGUGACCGAGUCGUUCCUGAGGAUGGUGGACGGGGUCUGCGCCAUCCAUCCCCAGCUGGACGUGUUCUGCAAGGUAGUUCAAGGUUUCUCUGCCAAGAAGAGCUUCUUCCUGGGAGCAAACCCCAUGAAGCUGAUCCAGAGCUACGCAGACCAGAAAAAGAUCCCAGUGGUGGACUUCUUCAGGAGCCUGAACCCUUCUGGAACGAUGAAGAUGUCCGUGGGCGAGUUCCGGAAGGUGAUGGUGCAGCAAAACAAGGUCCCCAUAAACCGGUACCAAGUCAGGGAGCUGGUAAAGAGACUGGAAGAGGACACGGGCACGGUGAACUUCAGUUUUUUUCAGACGGCAGAAGUCACAGCAACAGCUCUGAUCUGGAAAGAAGUUCCGAGGAGAGAGAGAUCCUGGCAACGCAGAUGGUGGCAGUGA